AACACUCCAUUGUUUGAAUCGUGACAAAAUUUUUAAUUUCCUUGCCAUUUUUUGAUACAAAUAUUUAAUGAAAAUAUUUGAUGUCACUAAGCCAUUUGCUUCGUUCAAGAAAAGUCGACACGACGCCAAAAUGAGGCUCUUGAGUAUUGUGGUGGUUUUUUUCUGUGUCUUUGUGGCAUUCUGCAGUGCGAUCGAAAAUAAGACUGAUGUUACGACGCCAGAAGAUGCCAGAGCAUUUGUCGGAAGAAUGUUAGAGCAAGGAAGAACUUUGGUACAUAAUAACAUCAAACGAUUCAUGAUCCUUCUUCCCGUCAUCUUCUUUAAACUCGGAAUCGCCUUCACUAUGCUAGUCCUAGUCACUAUGGUUUCGGUAAACAACGGCUUCAUAGGCUUCCUUCUUCUUGUAGUAGGUCUGAGCAGCGUUCUUGCUAGGCUGCAAGAGGCCAGGAAACCACCGGUAGUACCGUACGUCAAUCCCUUACCUCUAUAUCACGCCAAGUACAUACAAGACUGGGAUAGAAAAGAUAGAGGAAUAGGGGAAAAAGAAACCACUCAGGUAUAUGGACACACUUAUGGACAACAGUAUAUCUAUCCACAAGUGAGUGGAUAUUAUCGGCAGAAUGGUUUAACUGCUUAGUGGAAGCUUCAGAACAAAAUCUGUUGAGUCACUGUAAUGUUUUAUGCCUUCUGUACGAUUUGUAUUAAUUUUUUCUUAAAUAAGUUAUGCUAAACUAUGUACUAGAUUUAUAUCAAAUUUCAUAAAUAUGUGAUAUUUUCAGAAUAAUUAUAAAUUCUAUAGAAGUGUAAUAAUUAUGAUGACAAUGAAUAUAUUUAUUAUUCAUAUUAAGAAAAAUAUUGGUAAUCCUGUGAGACAAAUGCCAAAAGUUAACAUUUCUUUCUAUGGUGUGUACCAACUCAAGUGUUAUUUCAGUGCCUCAACUUUAAAUUAAAAUUAUAAAUUAAUUGUUGUAAAUUAGACCAGUAAGGAUCUGCGAAAAAACGUCUAUUUUUGGAUGUGAGAGGUGGCAUUCGGAUUUUUGCAGAUAAAGUUAGGUGACACCUUCAGUAAUAAUAUAAUUGACUUAUGCUCCUUCUCAAAUAUGCCCGGAACAUUAAUAAAAAAAUUAAAAUAUUUAAAAAUUUCGAAAAACGUCGAUUUUUUUCUGCUUUCUUUGCUUAUAACUUUAAACGAUUAACGAUUCGUUUUGGAACAAAGUCGUAGAGAAAUAAAAUAAAGAUAAUUGAAUUUUGUAUGAUAUACGACUGGUAAAAAAUGUCUUAAGGUAUUACUUUUUCUGCAAUAUAGCAAUAAAUACAAAAUAAGGGGGCAAAAUAAGUCUGUUGUUAUUCAAUAUUUUUUAACCACUUUGGUGGCACUUAGUAAUUCGCUUAGGAAAUUCUUUGUAACAUACUUCAAUCGUGAACCAAAUUUCAUUAAAAUCGACCUAAUAAAUUUUGCAUAAUAAAUUUGCAAUCUAAAUGUUUUUAAAAAAGUUCAAAUUUUUUAAAAUCUUUCUGAACAAAAAGUAGAACAUUUAGAAGUUGGCUAAUUUUUUUACAUAUAAAGAGGUGCUCUAUCUAUCUAAUACACUUUACAGAAUUAAAAUCGGAUUAUUUAAGGGGCCCCAGCAAUGUUUUAAAUUUAUAAACAUUUUUUUGGCUUAUAAACAAAUAGCUUUGUUUAAUAAUAAAAAAAAUUAAUUUUUAGCAAUGCAAAUAAUUAAAACCGGUAUAAUUUGACUUAAACUUUCAAAUGCUGUCAGCAGAAUUGCUAUUUUAUUUUUUAAUCAAACGUUAUUCGAGUUCAAAAAUUGCAAUUUCUCGAUUUUUUGAAAGUUCCACCGCCUUUCUCGAAAACUACGAAAUCGUAGGUUUUGCAUCCUACGAAAAAAUUUGUAAGAACAUUUUUUGCUUAGAAAUACCCAAGAAAUACAAAAAAAUGUUUUAUUUUGCGAAAAAUCGAUUUUAUGUAAUUCCUCAAGUUCUUUGUUUAUAACAAUCUUAUCGACAUCCGGAUCAACUGUUACCCAAAAAAUUCGUGUUCUACGGGUCAAAAUACAUAAAAAACUUGAUUAAGUCCAUCUAAAUAAAGGAGCCCGAAGCACCCCCUCCUGGCCACAGCACUAAUUUGUUUAUAAGCCAAAAAAUUGUUUAUAACUUUAAAACAUUGCUGAGGCUGCUUAUAUAAUCCGAUUUCAAUUCUGUAAAGUGCAUUAGAUAGGUGGAGUACUUCUUUAUAUGUAAAAAAAUUGACAAAUCUUUGUAUAUUCUAGUUUUUGUUGUGCAAGAUUUUAAAAAAUUUUAAUUUUUUAAAAAAAGUUUAGAUUGCAAAAUUAUUAUGCAAAAUCUAGUAAGUCAAUUUUAAUAAAAUUUGGUGUACGGUUUUAGCACAUUACAAAAAUUUUCUAAGCGAAUUAGGAAGGUUCCAAGUGUAACCUAAGUGAUGGAAAAUCAUUGAAUAAGGACAGGCUUGUUUUGCCCCCUUAUUUUAUAGUUAUUGCUAUUUUGAAGCAAGGGUGAUAAAUUAAGACAUUUUUAAACAAUCGUAUCUGAUAGAAAAUUUAAUUAUCUUUGUUUUAUUCUCAUAGGAUUUUGUUCUAAAAUGAAUAGUUUUUAAGUUAUAAGCAAAAAAAUUAGAAAAAAAACGAAAUUUUUUGAAAUUUUUAAAUAUUUUUUUUAUUAAUGUUACCUCUCACAUCCACCUAAAAACAGAUCCUUACUAGUCUAAAUGUAUUUAUUUAUAUAUUUAUUUAUUCAUCUUUUCAUGAACUUCAUAAAUAUAAUGCCCAUUUUUAUUUGUACUGUAUUUGAAAAUAAAAUUUAUUUUUUGAUC